UCAGUUCCUACAUUGAGUCAGUUUAUCAUCUCCUUUUUAGACCGGUGCUCAGGGACAGGCGACUGCAAGCAUGGAGGUUACCCCCAUCCAAGUCACUGUAACGAAUGUCUCUGCCCAAACGGACUUUCUGGUGCAAAAUGUGAAGACUUCGAACCACCGAGAAAAGCGGAGUGUGGCGGAAAAAUUACUGUAAGCGAAGAGUGGCAGUCUAUUGAAUCGCCGGGAUUUCCUGAUCCAGGCUACGAUCCCGAUCAGAAGUGCAACUGGGUCUUCGAGGCAAACGAAUUGAAUUUGAAUUUAUCGAAGAAUUCUCUUCCUGUGCACAUCAACCUGUGUGGACUAUGUGGAAAUGAAAAUCUCAGCCGAUCUUCGCCCAACUGGAUUCAGAUGGUGCUGCUACAACAUGCCUCAGGGCUCGUUCGUCUCCGAAGUCAACAUCGCAGUGAUUAUUUCCGAUCACAACUCAGUAAUGACGUCGGUUUCAAGCUGCAAGCACGAGCCACUGUGCCAACGACCAUAGCCGGAACGGAUAUGUGGGCCGAAUGGGGACCAUGGUCACAGUGCUCGCGCAGUUGUGGCGGAUGUGGCAUUAUGUCCCGAGUUCGAGUUUGCCGUACGAAGAAAUGCACAGGCCGUCGGCAGGAGUUCAGCACGUGCAACUUGAUGGCGUGUCCUAUUGAUAAGCACUGCGCUAAACUGCUUACCAACGACAAGAUCUGUGACGGAAGAGUUUGUACUAAGGCCUCACAAGCGUUAUCGGGAUGUUUGGAGCCUCAGUGCUGUCCACCUUUCAUCAAUGUGGACGGCACCUGCCAAAGUGACUCACCGCUUGUAAACGAUUUCACCCUGGCGAAAAGAUAA